AUGAACAAUGCAUCUGGGCCUCAGGUUGAGGUCCAGCCGGGGUCCAGAUCGAUGGCUUAUCAUGCAUAUACUCUUUACCUCUUCACCUGCAGUGACUUCAAGACCAUUGUAGUUCCCAGUACCAUCUUCGGGGUAUUUAAUUCCCUCGCGGGGGCUUACGGCUUCGGGGAUAACACAUCUCUCACUCUCGCUGUACUACUCACUCGAUUGCCCCGAACACUUCUUUGGGUCAGCUUGGUCUUCAUCCCCUUUUCUAUCAACAACCAGCGCACUCCAUCAGCCAUCGAAGAAGACACAAUCAACAAACCAUGGCGACCAAUGCCACAAAAACGUAUCACGCCCAGACAAGCGCAGGUUGCCAUGUGGUUCUUCGCUCUUCUCGUCCAAAUCCACGGGCUAGUGGGCAAUGGCAUCGGUCACCGGCAGUCAACGUUCCUUCUCGCUCUAGACAUCUGGUACAACAACUUCGGAGGGGCGGAUCGCAACCCGGUGAUUCGUAAUAUCAUCAAUGCCCUCGGAUACCUUUGCUUCCUCUCCGGAGCUCUCGAGGUGGCAUUGGGAGAGCGACUUCCAUUCUCCUUGCAGAAUCCCUUCGACCCGACAGGGCCGGCCUAUCGACUGAUCCAGUGGUUGUUGAUUAUUGCGGGGAUCAUUUCCAGUACGGUGCAUCUCCAGGAUCUCUAUGACCAGAAAGGCGACGCGGUGCGUGAUCGUCGCACCGUGCCCUUGGUGAUUGGGGAUGGACCUGCCCGCUGGACCAUCGCUAUCCCAAUGAUGUUGUGGGGUGCAGUCUGUCCUCUUUUCUGGAAGGUAAACACUGUGCUUUUCCUCCUCAGUCUUGUCCUUGCCUACUUUAUUGCCGGCAGAGUUCUUACAGUGCGGAGCGAGGAGGGCGACCGAACAACAUUUCGCGUCUGGAACUGUUGGAUCGCUACGAUUUAUGUUAUGCCAUUGUUCUCCAACUUAUGA